CUUCCUGCCGCCGCCAUUUUGUCGCGGAGCGGGAGGAAGCGGCGGCGGCGGCUCCUGCGCGGCGGCAGCGCCGGCCCCGGCCCGGCCCGCGAGCCUUCCCUGAAGCCGCCGAGCCGAAGAUGCCGCUCGGAGCCUUCGGCUGCUGAGGGAGCGACCGCGGGAAGGGAAACUGGGAAUUCAGAUUUGGGAUCUGGAGGCAUCUGUGCCCGGAGCCACGGCCGAUAGAUGGACAAGCCAAGCGACUUCUGACUCCGCUGCGGUUUCCGGGGCAAAAUUCCAUGGCAAUGUAUCCUACAAGGGUGUCCGGUGAGGAAUGCAAUGGGAUCAACAGCAUGGCGGCGGAGAGCGGCCCCGGCACGAGGCUGCGGAACCUGCCGGUGAUGGGGGACGGGCUGGAGAGCUCCCAGAUGUCCACGACGCCGGCCCAGGCCCAGCCCCAGCAGGGCGUCGGCGUCAACCCCCCGCCGCCGGAGACGUCCAACCCCAACAAGCCGAAGCGUCAGACGAACCAGCUGCAGUACCUGCUCAAGGUGGUGCUCAAGACGCUCUGGAAGCACCAGUUCGCGUGGCCCUUCCAGCAGCCCGUCGACGCCGUCAAGCUCAACCUCCCCGAUUAUUACAAGAUCAUCAAAACCCCGAUGGACAUGGGAACAAUCAAGAAGCGCUUGGAGAACAAUUACUACUGGAACGCCCAGGAAUGUAUCCAGGAUUUCAACACCAUGUUUACAAACUGCUACAUCUACAACAAGCCAGGGGAUGACAUCGUCUUAAUGGCCGAGGCUCUGGAGAAGCUUUUCCUGCAGAAGAUCUCGGAGAUGAGCCAGGAGGAGACGGAAAUCGUCAUCGCCCAGACCAAGGGACGGGGCCGCGCGCGCAAGGAAGCAGUGACGUCCAAACCCGGCUCGUCCUCGGUCCCCAACGUCGCCCAGGCCUCGUCCCCGGUGCCGCCGCCGGCGCCGCCGCCGAGCCUCCCGUCGGCACAGCCGGCACAUCCCUUCCCCUCCGUCACCCCCGACCUCAUCGUGCCCAGCCCGGUGAUGACGAUGGUGCCUCCGCAGCCCCCCGCGCCGCCCCCGCCGGCCCCGCAGGCCCCCGCGCCCGCCCCGGCCCCGCAACCCCUGCAGCCACACCCGCCCGUCAUCCCCACGCCCGCACAGCCCGUCAAGACAAAAAAAGGGGUGAAGAGGAAAGCAGACACCACGACCCCCACCACCAUCGACCCGAUCCACGACUCGUCGUCGCUGCCCGCCGAGCCCAAGUCCACCAAGCUGGGCCCGCGGCGGGAGAGCGGCCGCCCCGUGAAGCCCCCAAAGAAGGACGUGCCCGACUCGCAGCAGCACGGCGCGGCCGACAAGAGCAGCAAGGUGUCGGAGCAGCUCAAGUACUGCGGCGGCAUCAUCAAGGAGAUGUUCGCCAAGAAGCACGCGGCCUACGCCUGGCCCUUCUACAAACCCGUCGACGUGGAGGCCCUGGGGCUGCACGACUACUGCGACAUCAUCAAGCACCCCAUGGAUCUGAGCACAAUCAAAUCCAAGCUGGAGAACCGGGAAUACCGGGAUGCUCAGGAAUUCGCGGCCGACGUGCGGUUGAUGUUCUCCAACUGCUACAAGUACAACCCCGCCGACCACGAGGUCGUGGCCAUGGCGCGGAAGCUGCAGGACGUGUUCGAGAUGCGCUUUGCCAAGAUGCCGGACGAGCCGGAGGAGCCCGUGGUGGUUCCCGCCUCCUCGCCCGCCGUGGUGCCGCCGCCCACCAAGGUGGCUCCGCCCUCGUCCAGCGACAGCAGCAGCGACAGCUCCUCUGACAGCGACAGCUCCUCCGACGACUCCGAGGAGGAGCGGGCGCAGCGCUUGGCAGAGCUGCAGGAGCAGGUACCGCGCCCGGGGGGGGUCCUCGGGGUCUUCUCCCGGUGGGAUUUGGUGGUCUCGUGGUCUUGGCUCAAGGCCGUGGAGUUGGCGGUUGGGUGGCGGUGACCGAGUGUUGCCGAG